AUGGCGGUGCAAGCGAAGACGUCAACGCCCAAGGGCAACAAGAGCUACAACAGCGGCAAAGGCGGCUUUAACGCUAAGAAGCGCCCUGCUAGCGGCAAUGGUGAGGACGGCAAGAAGUCGUUCAUGGACCAGAAACUCGCCAAGAAGCAGCGCAAGAUGCAGCGCCCGCACUACGAGAUGGUCACGCGCGCCAAGCAGAUUUGGAACGUUAUCCGUGAGCGUGAUGUAGACAAGAACAAGCGUGCCACGCUCGUGGACGAGCUCUACACGCUGGUUAAGGGCAAGAUCUACGACGUGGCUGCCAAGCACGACGCCUCGCGAGUCAUCCAGUCGCUCAUGCAGCACGGCAAGCCCGAGCACCGCUCGCAGAUCGUGCUCGAGAUGAAUGAGCACCUUGUCGAAGUAUGCAAGAUGCAAUACGGCUGCUUCCUCGUGCAGAAGAUGAUUCGUUACGGCAGCGUGGCCGACCGCACCGCCAUCGUGAAGUGCCUCACAGGUCACGUCGUGCAGAUCGGCACGCACAACAUUGCAGCCAACGUUAUCGAGUACGCACAGGAAUAUCUCAAGCCGUCGCAACUCACAGCGCUCAAGCUGGAGUUCUACGGCCGUGAGUUUGCCUACUUUCAGUCGGAGAGCAAGCGCAACCUUGCAGACAUUAUUGCCGCACACCCGGACAAGAAGGCCGAUGUGCUCAAGCAUCUGACCACCAUCUUGAAUCGCAUGGUGGACAAGCAACUUCUCGGUCUGGCGUUCGUGCAGUCUUUGCUGUGGGAGUACAUGUGCAACGCAGAGCACGACGACGUGAUGCAUAUGGUAGCCAACGUGCGUGACGCGUCGCUGGCGCUGCUUGCCACACGCAACGGUGCUCGUGUGGUGAACAAGUGCAUUUCGCUCGGUGCGGCCAAGGACCGUAAGCGUAUUAUAAAGGCUCUAAAGGAUAAGGUGCUGGACGCUUGCAACCACCCCAGUGGCUACCUCGUGAUCAUGCGCAUCUUCGAUGUAGUGGACGACUCCGUACUGGUGCAAAAGUCCAUUUUGGCCGAGAUGAACGACGAGCUCUUCUCGAUUGCGAUGCACCCGAGUGGACGCAAGAUUUUGCUGCAGCUGCUUAGCCCUCUGAACAAAAAAUACCUCUCGGCAGACGAUCUAGCGCUGCUGGAGCCACCCAUGCUGCCGUCGCCGGAGGAUCCGACCGUCAUGGUGGUCAACUACAAGAAGGACCCGGACGCUCGUCGUGAGGAGCUGCUGAAGGGUCUGCAACCCAAGCUGGAAGAGAUGUGUGCUGGGAACGCUGAAGCUUUGAUGCGCUCGAAGGAAGGCCGUGAUGUAAUUGUCGAGGUCGCUAAACGGAGCGAGAACUCGGAUCUGGCAGACAGCGUUGCGGCCGCUGUUGUGGCGGAGCCUUCUGAUGAGGAAACGGAGCCGCUCCACAGUGAUGCAAACGGACACUACGCUUUGCGUCGUCUGAUCAAGGAAACCUCGCUGGCGGAACCUCUGCUUGCGGCUGUCGAAGAGCAGUUUCCGCAGUGGGCGACAAGCAACCGGGGUUCAUUUGUGGUGCUCGCAUUCCUGGAGGCUGAGAACGUCCCCAAGAACGCUACCAAGGUGGUGAAGAAUGCUCUGAAACCAGUGAUGGGAGAGCUGAACAAACUCGCCGACAAGCAGAAGGGCACUAAAUUACUUCUUGAGAAGCUCCAAUAG